AUGUGUGUGUUGCGAUGGAUUAUCUUCACCAUCGCGGCAGCGCUGCUGUCGCUGACUGUAGGUCCUGCUGCUUCUAGCGAGAGGAGGUUGUCUCGUCACAGACGAUAUGCAGUCUUCCCUGAAGGCAGCACCUGGUCGAUAGCGUGGUGUCUGUCCGUCCAAGCACUCACGGGGGAGUACAGCAUUUACACAGAGGGCUUCGCGUGGGCGGCAGCCUACGAACUCCCAAACAGCACCUUCGUGGAGCAGACGUAUCUUAAAAAGAAGAAAAACAAGUAUCUGUUGCCAGCACCAGGUAUCUUUCGGCGUCACCGCAGGGAUCUAUACAAGACAAUGGAAAAAGUCAUAGAAAGCGCCGGUAUCGAUGGGCACUCAUGCGUGCUGCGAGCUCUCUGUGAGGCCGCUCAGAGGUUUGUGCCGGGCGAGAACACUAUUGGCGAGGAGAUCACAGGAGGUUCAGCAAGUAAACAGCGCGUCGCUGUCGACAGGUGGCCUGGAGCGCGCACCGCCUCCUGGGAGCCGGAGGAGCACCACGCGUACGAGCGCGCCCAGCGGCGCGGCCGCUCCACGGAGGCCGUCGACUGCGAGCUGCUGUACCCGGCCUGCCCGCUCUCCCUCGUCGACGUGCUGCUGUACGGCCACAUGGGCGACUAG